AGGGAGCAUUAUUGAAUAUGAGUUAUGAAGCGAUAUGUCACUACAAUACCUGAAUCCAGCACCAAAAGGCCAGCAUAUGAGAGGGACAACCUAGUAAAUGAUCUGAGGAAUGAAAUCCAAAAACACCAGGAUAAUCUUAGAAACCAUUUAGCUGAGCUUUUCUUCCUACAUAAUGAUGGAAACCUGCUGGACAUCAACCUCUGGACAAACCAAUCAAACCCUUUCCUCGAAAACUAUAUUCAGCAAAUAAAAUGCGCUAGCACAGACGCUCUUCCCGAUCUAUUAGAACAAGUUCCCACUGGUCACGUAAUGCCUAAAGUGGAAGUAAAAAAAGAGGAGCACUCCUCAACCCCUUUCAUGAGCAGCAUGGCUGCUCUGUCAGAGGGUGGUGUCAUAGAGAAGGCCAAGCACGAAGCUCUGAUAGUUCAGCAGGUGGCUGUAUUGAAGCAGCAGGGCAUGUGGUCACUCAAACGUUUGCCUAAAGUAAAAGAACCUGAUAAAAUCAAGUGUCAUUGGGAUUAUUUAUUGGAAGAGAUGCAGUGGCUGGCCACUGAUUUUAGUCAGGAGAGAAAGUGGAAAAAAGCAGCAGCCAAAAAGCAGGCUUAUGCAGUUGCUAAAGUGUUUGAAGAAAAAGAGGCUGCAAAACGCAGACAAAUGGUGGAACAGGAAAAGAAGCUAAAGAAGAUUGCUCACAAUAUUGCCAAGGAUGUGAUGAAGAUGUGGUCGGGUGUAGAGAAAGUUCAUAAAUUUAAACAGGAGUCACAUUUGGAGGAACGCAGACGGAAGUUAAUGGAUACCCACCUCAACAUAAUAGUAGGACAAACGGAGCAAUUCUCGUCAUGGCUAGCACAAGGACUUACCAAAACUCCAAAGAGCAGUGUCAUGCUCACCCCUUCUAGUCAAGACGCAGUGUACUCCUCAGGAGAUGUAGAGUUCAAACCAGCAACAUUAGACCAGCCUGAUGACGAGGAGACGAUAGCAGCAGCUGAGGAGGAGGGACAGAGUGAUGUGGAGGAGGAGCUCGCUGACUUGAAGAAACAAAACGAGAUGGAUCUCAACGAACUGAUCCAGACUUUACCGCCAGGAAUGCUAGAAAAGACCGGAGAAGGUUCAAGUCACAGCACUGACUACAAUGCGUCUGACGACACAUCUGCUGACGACGAAGAUACGAUAGCAAAAGCAGAAGCAGAUGAUGACAAAGGAUCAGAUAAAGCUGACGAGAUCGGAGAGUUACAACACGACCAAGACGUGCCUCUAGAGGAGCUGAUAGCACGCUACGUGAAGAAGAGAGAUGCAAUGACAGAGUCUUCAGGAACAGGAAGUGGUGUAAGUGAAGAGGACAGUGAAGAAGAGGAGGAGAGUGAGGCUAGUGAUGGAGAGGAUGCUGAUAUGGAACUUUCUACUCCUUCUUCUGCUAAGGAGAUCGAUAUAGAGCUAGGUAAGCUCUGUUCCGGUGCGUCUGAAGUAGAACCGAGCAACAAGACCUCUUCCUCCAAGUCCAAACUACCCUUCCUGCUUCGAGGCCAGCUCCGAGAGUAUCAGGAGGUUGGUCUCCAAUGGCUGGUUGCUAUGGAGGCUAGGAAACUCAACGGCAUUCUGGCUGAUGAAAUGGGACUUGGGAAGACAAUGCAGACCAUUGCAUUGUUAGCGCAUCUAGCUUGUUUCAAAGGUAUUUGGGGUCCUCAUCUUAUCAUAGUUCCAACAUCUGUUCUUCUGAACUGGGAUCUGGAAUUCAAGAAAUGGCUUCCUUCCUUCAAGGUUAUGUCGUACUACGGGUCCCAGAAAGAGAGACGAGAGAAAAGAGUGGGCUGGACCAAGCCCAACACAUUUCACGUGUGUGUUACGAGUUACAAGCUUGUUAUACAGGACUAUCGAGCCUUUAGGUCCAAAAAGUGGUAUUUCCUCAUCCUCGAUGAGGCACACAAUAUCAAAAACUUCAAGUCUCAACGGUGGCAGCUUCUUCUCAACUUCAACUCUCAGCGAAGGUUGUUACUGACAGGGACUCCACUACAAAACAAUCUCAUGGAACUCUGGUCACUGAUGCACUUCUUGAUGCCCUCUGUAUUCGGAUCUCAGAGCGCGUUCAGGGAAUGGUUUGGUAACCCUCUAGUCGGCAUGGUAGAAGGAACAGAGGAAUACAACGCGCACUUGGUAGAGCGACUACACAAGAUACUGCGCCCGUUCUUGCUGCGCCGCUUGAAGAAGGAGGUCGAGUUACAGCUACCUACUAAGACUGAGAGUGUUUUGAUGUGCGGUCUCUCCAAAAGACAAAGAGCGCUCUAUGAAGAGUUCUUGUCUAGGAAGGAUACCCGAGAUACGCUAUCUAGUGGCAGAUUUAUCAGUGUUAUUGGAAUUCUAAUGCAGCUCAGAAAGGUAUGCAACCACCCGGAUCUGUUUGAAGAACGUGGUGUGUUCUCUCCUCUAGCUCUCCCAUCCCUACAAACUAACACCCCUGCUCUUCUUCUCAACGCUCUCAGAUCUAACAACCACAUUGAUCUCGACUUUUUUAACUUCAACUUGGUUGAUUACGAACAUUCUCUUUCAGCCCACUCUGCUCACAGAACACAGCAGAUAAAAGCACACAGAUUGUUGAUAGAAGAAGUGAACUACAAAGGCGCAGUACCAGAUAACGUCCUAUACACCGCUCCUUCCCACUCCUCCUUCCCUCCUCCUCGUCCUCCUUCUCCCACAUUACCUCCUCUACCUCUUCUCAGACAAAUGCCCUCUCUUGCACCCCCUCGCAGCACUCCGCCUACCAGCGCGCGCUCCACUCCAGGUGCUCCAACUAGCUCUGCACGCAGCAACCCUAAGAGCUCCCCUCGACCAAUGUCCUCGCCCCGGUCCUUACCUUCUCCUAGAUCUGUACACUACACCUCUCCUAACCCUCUCUCUCUGUCCUCACCUCGGAGCGAUUCCUCAGAACCCCCUCCUCUCAUGGCUAAACAAGUCACCAGAAACCCUGAGACCAGGGAAACACCAGUAGGUUCAGUGUCCCCUCAAUCUCCUGCCAGCAGUAAUCUCAUCCCUGCCGGCUACUUUAGAGAUCCCGUAUCAGGAGUAAUGUUACCUCUAGUGGAGCCUGGAAUGCCGCCACCUCGCCGCCCCCCUCUAGGACCACCUCAACUAACUAACUACACUUCUAAAGGGAGCUCCAAACGUGGAGCUAUGUUACCCCCGACACUAGCACACAGCAGCUGCUCGUCGCCAGAGCCCCACGCGCUGCGCACCAUGUCGCCACGCAACACUGUUGAGACGUCCCCUGUCAAAGCAGAGCGUAGGUCCCCUGACCACGCUGACGGCUGCUGCAACAACUCUCUUGCUCUGCCGUCACUGGAAGAAACAAGACAAGCGUGGAGGACAAGUAGGAGGAGGAUGUUAGCGGAUCUUAACGAUAUGAGGUGCCAGAGAGUUCCCAUGUACGGAGCUGAUCUUAUCAGUACUGUGUCUGUCAAGUUCUCUUCUGUGCAACACAAAACAGUGAUAGAGAGAAUGGAAGAUUUAUCUCCAAUAAUCGAGAGAUUUAUGAUAUGUUGUGAUCCAAUCUCUGUAUCAGUAAAUCCUAUCUCUCUGAAACACAUGGCUACAACUCUUAUCGACCAGUGUCAUGACCUUACUGACCUUUAUCAUCCUGUCCGCUCAAAACUACAGAUGAUCAUGCCCGAAACUAGAUUAAUACAGUACGACUGCGGCAAACUACAGCGAUUAGACCGUUUACUAGCAGACCUGAAAGUUGGCGACCACAGAGCUCUGAUCUUCACUCAGAUGACUAAAGUCCUGGACAUUUUAGAGCGUUUCUUAAACUAUCACGGUUAUCGAUACCUCAGAUUAGACGGUACCACCAGAGUAGACCACCGCCUGGAGUUAAUGGAGCGGUUUAAUGCUGACAGUAAGAUAUUCUGCAUGAUCCUGAGUACCAGAUCAGGAGGAGUUGGUGUAAAUCUUACCGGUGCUGACACUGUUAUAUUCUACGACUCUGACUGGAAUCCUACAAUGGACGCGCAGGCGCAGGACCGCUGUCAUAGGAUCGGUCAGACAAGGGAUGUUCACAUUUAUAGACUGAUAAGCUCCUGUACGAUCGAGGAGAAUAUCCUAAAGAAAGCGAACCAGAAAAGGUUGCUUGGUGCGGUAGCAAUAGAAGAGGGUAACUUCACCACAGCGUUCUUCAAGAAGGACAACAUGGCCGAAUUAUUCGGUAAUACCAUUGUGGAGGAGGACCCCAGCACUGCCUCGCCAAAACACAGGACUAUCUCUAAGAAGGAUCUGGAGCAGGUGUUAGCAGAUGCUGAAGACGUUGAAGACAGAAGUGCUGCACAACGAGCAACCACUGAACAGUCCCAAGAUAUGUGCGAUUUUGACGAGGAAGUGGCUAUUGAGGGUGAACCUGCUAUGAGUGAAGCAGACAAAGAUAUCGUCGCUGAAAACAAAGAAUUCAAACAGUUUGAGGACGAAAUUAAGUCUAUCGAAGACGAGCUCACGCCCCUUGAACAAUUUGCUCUACGCUUUUUGGAGGCUGAAAACGCAGAAAACUUCUCCGAGUUACUUAAACAACAGGAGGAGGAACUGACGGUACCAGACACGAGUCUACACGCGAUGCAGGCUGCACAGGAGGAACAAGGAUACCAGGACGACCUUCUUCUAACCUACUCAAUGUGGGACCCCCAGGACCAUGAAGAAGAAGAGGUGUGGCCGGGACAUGCAGUGUGGAGACCUCCAACCCCUCCCCCGCAAGAUCAUGAUGUCUACCACCUGGAUCCUGUCCUACAAGCUCAGUAUUUCACGGAGUAUACGAUGACGGAUAGCGAGUUACCAGAAGUUACGAUAAUCCCGAACUUGACCUUCCAGAUCAUUCCCCCAGCAGUACAGAUAAAGGACGAGCCUCCUGAACCCCCUCCUCCACCACCACCUCAAGCUGUUAUUAUACCUCCUUCUCCAACCGAGGUAAUAGAGAGACAGAACAGCACGCCUCAGAGUACUCCUCCUUUGGAAGAGAUACCAGUCCCCUUUGUUCCUAAGAGAAGUGUAACACCUGAUGUCAAACACCCAUCUACACCAUUCCCUAAAGGUAAAGACAGGAAGAUAAGCAAGCGAAGGCCUAUAAGAAUAAAACCGGAGAAGUCGACAGAGAUAGACGAACAAAGUCACUGGCUGCCUGCGGAGGAGUUUGCACUUCAUCAGUCUAUCCUGACAGUGCAGGAGCUCCAAGUGGCACCCUGCGCUCAACCCCUCGACUACAACUGGAACAUCAUCAGUGAUAUUCUGAACAUAUCUUCUAACAGCUUCAAAACUCCCACCCAGUGUAGAGAGAGGUACACUAUGAUGGUACAGAGAGAAGAAGCAGCUACAGACCCCCGCCGUGACCCGCCAGGACUUGCCCCCCAACACAAGCUAACCCACAAAGCCAGAGUCAGUGCGGACGAGGCUAGCCAGUCUUGUACCUCUAACUUUAUCAGAUUGUUCAGUGAGAUUGAGCGGUUAUCUGGUACUAAACCUGUUCUGGAGUUCAGACAACAGUUGACGCUGAGUGCUAUCACACCUAACCCAACACACAACACAUUUGUUGAUGACGGUAGUAGUCCACUAUCUGCUAUGGAGCUGGCUACUAAGAAGAAGGACAGGGAGAACAAGGAGAAUAAGGAGAAGAUACUGUCUUCCAACAGGAGGGAGAUUGAGAGGAAGAACGAGUACCAGAUACAACAGAAGAUGCCAGGUACAAUGCCACCUCACUCCAUGCCCACCCAACCCUACCCUCUACCUCGUCCCAAGAUGGAUCACAUGUGCGGGAACAUAGGCCCGGCUGGUGGGCCCAGGGCCUACCCUGUAAUGGCCCCCACAGGAGGGCCAGGAGUGAAGCACCCUCAGUUCUACCUACUAUCUACACAGCGACCCAUACAGACCCAGUCCAGAACUGUUAACAUGCCGGGUGGCAAACCAAUCAUGGGUCAGAACAAGAUACUCGUCAGUGCUGGACAACAGCCUGUUAAGAUGCAACCUUCUCAGCAUAUUGGAUUCAUGCCCGGUUACAUGGUGAACAAUAACGAGGAGAUGGUCCAACAAAUGAAGAGACCUCAGUACAGACCCCAACAACCCGGCAACCACAACAAUAUGAUCCCUCUCAACAUGGUCCCCAAACCUUACAUUCAAAACGGAGGCCCGUAUGUAGCCCCGAUCAGAGGGAACGUGGCUAAGGGAGUAAGAGCUAUGGGAGCAAGAGGGCUACCUCCUCAAGUAAUGGAGGAACACAGCAGACUCAUGUCGCACCAGGUUGUAAGAGGUAUGAGUGCUAACCAUGGCAACCCAAUGUCUCCCUCUCCCCACAGACUAGCAUCGCCUCCCCAAGUAAUGCAGCAGAUAAAACGAGGGUGAAGUGAUAACCAUGGCAACACACCUCAUAUUCGAAUGUUCAGAUCGGAACUGUUUUAAUUUAAAUGUGAAAUAUUUUAGACGAUCAGUCGACUAUGUCUGAUAUUUUAUUGGAGCUGUGAAUGUAUUAUAGAGAUUAGAGCUUCAUAGACCAAGUCAUGUACAAACUGUACUUGAAUACAAUUGCUCUAAUUUACAUGCACUGUGAACUAAUAAAUUUUUAAAUGGCCCAGAUCUUUAUCUUUUAAUCUGUUGCAUCAUUUUCACAUUUUAUCUUUACUUUCAUAGCGGUUUUUCGUGACGAAGUUUAAUUUUUAGCCACAGUAUAAUGUACUUACAUAUGAAACCUAGACUUAUUCAGGGAACAAACCUUUUCGAGUACGAUUAUUAACAAAUUCCUGUGAUAUAUUCGUAAAUAUUAUUUGAGACAAUCUCACCAUUACACGA